AUGGUCCUCGUCCUCAAGUUGCACUGUGCGUUGCGGUUCGGGUGGGUUCGGUGCGGUGCGGUGAGCCGCGGUGCCGACCAGUGCGAGCGGCGCCACGUGUGCAAUGUGCACCAAUCGGUGCGGUGCGGUGCAGUGCGGUGCGGUGCGGUGCUGCAUUCUCAAGGCUCCCUGAACAAGGAUAAGUGCGGCAUCCUGUUGCGAGAUCGGAAGAUGGGGCUGUACGAGCCUUCAAGCCCAGUCUUCUUUGGCCCAAGAUCACCCAAAGGGUUGCCCAAGCAACCGGCCAACAAGAAGCGUCAACGCCACAUCACGGAGAGUGCAAACCUUGAAGACACGGCGGCAAGCGGCCAGCGCCACAAUGAAGAAAUGCAGGUGGCAGGCAAUUCUAAGGAGAAAGGGGGUGGCUCGCCUGAUGCAAGCGCGCACAAGGAUGGUUGCAUGCAUGUGGUGGAGGGUGGCGCUGCCGAUGGUGCACAAAUGAGCGGGCUGGCAUGCAGUUCUCCAGAGGAGGGGGGUGGUUCGCCUGGUGCAAACGCGUGCAUGGAUGAGAAUGGCGGGGUUGGCAAUGCGGAGUCGAGCGCGGACACGUCCUGCAAUUUGUGCAACGUGCCCAUCGGAGUGGUCGCAGACCCUUUUGGCUGGCAAAACGGGAAUGGGCAGGGGCAAGAGGGCCGGAGAGGCGGGACCCCCGCAGAAUCGGGGGCCAAAGAUAGCUCCGAGCCGGCGUCUCCUUUUGGGGAAUCGGACCUGGCGGACCCCGAGCUUCGGUCGGAGGUAGUGCGCGAGCUCGAAAAGCUCCUGUCGACCUGGGGCGACAACACCUCGGUCUUCUGCGCCGUCAAGCCGUCCUCCAUGGGCACUGGGGUCAUCUACGAGUUUCGGAACGCGCCUGACGGGCGCACAACGUGCCCUUACUUCGCAGCAACUUGCGAAGGCGUGCACGUCAGCGACGGCUUUGGGCUUCUUCGACAGGGUGUCGAGGUGAUGUACGUGUGCUACGCGCAGAGCUGCAAAGCCGCUUCGCGGUCGGGCAACAUCCGCAUAGGCGUCCUCCCCCUGCCGAUCGGCGCGGCCUUUGGCGACAGCCAGCCACUGAACAGCGAGAGGAACCACCUGUACUCCGACCGGCAGCUGCUGCCGCUGCCGUUCCUUCGAGAGAACCUCAACGUGAAGAAAGGAGACGUGGGUGGCGCCAUCAUCCUGGAGCGCCUCUAUGUCCGGACGGGCCUGAAGUUUGCCUUCACCUCCUCGGGCUCGUACUACUGGACGGGUCGGUGCUGGGCCAAGGACGAGAGCGGCGGUCGGAUUCUGCGGGUGCUCCGGGAGGAGCUCUCCAAUAUCGAGGCCGCGUACAUGCGAGAGGCAGGGCAGGGGGAGGGAGGAAGGCGUUCGAUCGCCAUGGCCGACGGACCGGCAGGCGAUGGAGACAGCGGGUUGGGCGUGACAGGAGGCCCUCGCAUCAGCUCGAAGCCGGCGGGUGGCGGGAAGCAGCCAGAGGUGGAGAGAGAGGAGAGGCGGAUCAAUGUGAAUUUUAACGCAAAGAUGUCCAACAUCAUGGGCACAUGCAAGGAAUACUUCUAUCAGCCCGGCUUUCAGUCCCUGUUGGACGUGCAGAAGGACUUCCUGGCUGUGGCGAACGGCGUCAUCGACUUGCGGACGGGCGAGCUGCUCUUGCAUCACCCCCGGUUCAUGAAUAGUCGGGUGAUUGACUGGCCAUAUCCCCGCGCUGGAUUGUCGUUCCCAAGGUGCGAGAUGGUGGGCUUCUUGGAGGACAUCAUGCACGCCUCCGGAGAGGAUGGGCCGGCCGCUCUGGAGCACCUCCAGGUUCUGCUGGGGUACGGGCUGACUGGUCAUACGAGCAAUCAGGUGCUGCCAAUCUUUGUCGGGGAGGGGAGCGCAGGCAAGAGCGUGUUCCUUGCGCUGCUGCGCAAGCUCCUCGGCGCUGCCUUUAGAGACGUUGGCAAGGAGAUUCUGGUGAACUCCAAAGGGCAGCGGGCCGCACACAAGGGGGCCGCUUCGCCGCUUGAGGCCGGGCUUGCUGGGGCGCUGCUCGCCGUGGUCGAAGAGACGGACAAGUCCGAUACGCUCAACGAAGCCGGCAUGAAGAAGCUGACGGGCAGCGAUGUCAUCACGGCACGGCCCCUCUUCAAGGACUUCAUCACCUUCACCGCGACCGUUUUGCUCAUCAUAUGCACGAACUACCUCCCGCGGACGGACGAGACUUGGUCCGUCGCCCUCCGGCGCCGCCUUCAGCUGGUCUGCUUCGUGCGGCGCUACUUCUCACCGCACGAGAAGGGAUACGACCCCACCAACCCGUUGCACGGGCUGGUGGACACGCGCCUCCUUACCAAGCUGAGCACCCUGCAGAACAUGCAGGAGUUGCUUGCGUGGCUGGUCGCAGGAGCGGUCAAGUGGUACCAGAACGGGCAGCAGCUGUUCCCCAUGCCGAGGCGGAGCACGGACGCUUUGCAGGACUACGAAGAGGCGGCUGACGACUUCGACAACUUUGUCCUCAACAGUUGCGUCAAGGGCGAUGACCUCUUCAUCUCAACGAGUGAUGCCCUCAAGGCGUACAACGACCCGCAGAGGAUGGUGGGUGGCAAGUGCGUCGGCCAUAUCCCCUCGCUCGACACCAAGUCCUUGAAGUCGGCGAUGAACAACCACGGCUUCUCGGGUCCGGACAAGCCCAGCAAACUUGGCCUUGGCGUAAAGUAUUGCGGCGUUACGGAGCGAGGGUAUAAGGGUCUUGCGCUGAAAGCCCCAGAGGUUAAGAUGGAGUAAGGAGGAAUAGAGGGAAAACAAUUGAAUGCUCGUGGCCUGGAAUUCGAAUCGACUGGAAUUGACAGCACCAUGUGAGACUUGAGUACUUCAGGAUACUGUUCAUUGUGGAUGUUGCAUCUUCUUGGUAUGGCCUUACAUACAUACAUAUUGGCAAUUUGAUCCCACAAGGAAAACUUCGUA